GCCGGCAAAUAACUGUAUGCAUUCGAAAUCCAUACAGCAAAACCGUGCUGCGUUCAGUCUUUAGUGUACAGCUCGACGUUUUGACGCUCUCACGGGUAGGUUAGUGGUCAAGGUUCGGUUGUAGGAUUGUUUCAACAUGCCAGCUCCUACUUUGUACUAUUUUCCUAUGAGCCCACCAGCCCGGUCGGUUUUGCUAUUGAUUCAGGAGCUUGGACUGACGGUUAAUCUAAAAGUAGUUAACCCACUCGCUGGCGAAACGCGCACCGAGGAAUUUAUGCGCAUGAACCCGGAACAUACCAUCCCAACGCUGGACGAUAAUGGAUUCUAUCUGGGUGAAUCACGUGCCAUUCUGUCGUAUCUGAUCGAUGCGUAUCGUCCCGGGCAUACGCUGUAUCCAAACAUUCCCAAGGAAAAGGCCCUUAUCAAUCGGGUGCUACAUCACGAUUUGGGUUCGUUUUAUCCAAAGUUUUUCGGCACUAUUGGUGCAUUGUUUUCCGGCGCGGCUGCAGAAAUUUCGGACGAGAUGAAAACCACCGCCGAGAAAGCGUUGACCGAUUUGGAGAAUUAUCUUAUCCGUAACGAUUACUUCGCGGGCGAGAACCUAACCAUUGCCGAUUUGGCACUGCUUCCGACGAUUGCUUCAGCUGUGCACUGUGGAUUGGAUUUAACGAAGUACAAGCGGUUAAAUGCGUGGUAUGAAAGCUGUCAGGAGUUGAAGGGCUACCAGGAAGAUCAGGAAGCUGCCCGACAGGUUGGCGAGUACCUACGUUCCAAGUUUCCGGCCGGUUUGGAACCAUUGAACUAGUGUCACUGUUCCAAGGAAACGCCACUAAUACCGGGGGUUGUCGCAGCAUUGUGCAAGAUAAUGAAAAAAUAUCUACUGACGUCUUGUGUGAUGAUGAAAUCAAGAUAAGUAGCAGGUGCUGUUAAAGAUUUCUUACCACAUGUGUGUUUCUGGUGCGAUUGGUGUGAAUAAAGGUUGAUGUUUGUUGUAGUUGUGCGACAUGCUACAGUUACUGUUUAA